AUGUCUUCACCCAUUCAGCGUUCGCCGCUGCGUGUCUCACUCUCGUCCCUCACCCCGAACAACUUGGGGACUGUGCGCAAACUCAACUCGGUUCUCUUUCCCAUCAAAUAUAGCGAAAAGUUUUAUCAAGACAUCCUGCUCCCAGAGGCGGAGGAUUUCUGUAAACUGAUAUACUACAAUGACAUUCCUGUUGGUACCAUAUGUUGCAGGGUAGAGACGGAGAAUGGGAAGACGAGACUGUAUAUCAUGACAAUGGGGAUACUUGCUCCAUACCGCUCAAGAGGAUUGGGCUCACAGAGCCUAGAACAGGUCAUUGCGUCCGCGGCUUCUCAUUUGAAACCCAAGAUUGGCUCAAUAUCACUGCAUGUGCAAGUGUCGAAUCCUGCCGGGAAGGCAUUCUACGAACGUCAUGCAUUCAAGGAAGUGGGGAUUCACCAGGGCUACUAUAAAAAGAUCGUUCCCCAAGACGCAUGGAUCCUUGAGAGACAGAUUGUCGAACCAUAG